UUUAUGUUAUUAUCUUUGUAGAAUGUAUCUCAGAAAGUUGACAUUUAAUUGAGAGUCUUGUCAUUUGCCUAGUGUAUUUCUUAUGCAAAAAUAUUGGUUCAUGAUCUGAGAGCAUAUAUUGUGGUCUUUUCACAAUUGAUGGGCUCUGAUGAAGUGACUGUAUUCCAAAUGAAGGCAGGAAUGACCCUGAAGGACUUACUUGGAAGUGGAAAUGACACCUUGUCUGUAAGGUUAGCUUAGGGUUGAGUGUCAUGAAGCAGAGCAAAAAUCUAAUUAGGCUUGCUCAUGUCUCAUCUGGCCUAGGACCUGAAUGAUUAUUAAGGAUGUCUUUCCUUGCCUUGAAAGCAACAUAUACAAAGACUAUCAGACUUGGAGUGGAAAGCUUAGUGAGGCAGGGACUGUGUAUUUUCAUUUUUAUGUCUUUAUUAAUGGUAGACCAGUGGUAUAUAUGAUGUGCACACUCUACAGAUGUUCAAAGACCAAAGUUUUCAUUGCUCUAAAAGCAGUCCAGAAUUUAUUUUUUGCUUUUGGUUCUGCAGGUAGAGUCAAUGCAUAGUCAGGUGGUUGAGGACCGUUGAAAAAAGUUCAUUUUAAAAACCCUAGGUUCUUUUGGGCUUACUUGUUGAGGGAAUUAAACUACAAUCUUCUGUUGUUUGAAAGCAUUCAGAACUGGCAAAAACAUUUUAAAUACUGAUCGUUUAUAGUGUCAGCACAGGAGAUUUUAUUAAUUUGAAAAUUCAUGACAGCUUCCAAUUUCUAAGCAGUUAUUUUAAGUGAAGAUUUCCGUGGUGAGGAUCCAAACUGAAAGAUACUAAUGGUCAUUUCCCCCCACCCCCAUACUCUGUUCUCCAGGGUAAGAAGCAAGAAAUGACAAGGUUAGCGGGUUGCUUGAGGUUGAGCUGCAUGGUUUGCCUUUGUUCUGCACAAAGUACAUUAAACAUAAUUUAGAAUCUUGAUUACUCAUGGUCAUCUUUAUGAGCCUCAGUUAUUUCAGUAUUGAAAUAUAAUGAUGCACUUAAGAUGUGUAGGCUGAGUAUGCGUGGUUCAUAACUUUUUCUAAAAGUCAGGGACACCUUUGAAAUUUAAAACCUAUGGAUCCUCUCCCCAGAAAAUGUGGGUUGCACAGAAAUAUAUGCAUUUCAAGGGUUCAAGGCACAUCCUUGGGUUCCAGUUAGGUGUUUAAUUCUGGUGACUGCUUUUUAUGGUUUUCUCUCUGAUCAUUUUACUGUCACUGUUCUAUGUAUUGUGGUUAAAUUGCCUGUUUAGAACAGUCAUUUUUCUUAUUGGUUAUUGACUUGAAAAUCUAAGAAGCUUGUUCAUAAGCUUGUUUUAUAAGUUUUAAUUUUUAUAACUUAGUGUACACUGGCCCCAAGUAGGAGCUUUAGGGAUCUUCCUUUGAGAAAAAUUCAUGGGUUUCUAGAUAUGGCUUUUAUUCUGGUUUCUUGGAGCACCUUCUUCCCCCUUAUCUUCCUUUUUCCUUUGGAUUCUUGACUGUGUUUGUUCUGUUUAGGGACAGGAAAGGAGUGAGUGGGUCUGAACCCUAAUUUUGUAAGCUUUAAGGUACUUGUCAGUUCCCAGGACCUAGUAAUUGAUUCACGUUUAACUAAACGGAUACGAUGCCGGUUUAUAAAUGAUACUGCCAGUCUUGAUUUAUAGCAGGAUCAGCAAACUUUCUAUAAAGGGCCUGUCAGUAAAUAUUUUAGGCUUUGUAGGCCAUGGAAUCUCUUUUGCAACUACCCCAACUCGGCCGCUCUAUCGUAGACAAAAGGUAAAGGAAUGAGUUUGACCACAUUCCAAUAAAACUUUAUUUACGGACACUUACAUUUGAAUUUUAUUUAAUUUUCAUGUAUCAUGAAAUGUUCUUUUUCUGAUUUUCCUCCCUCCCCACAACCAUUUAAAAAUGUAAAGGCCAUUUUUAUUUCAGGGGCUGUAGAAAAAUAGGCUGUUGGUCACAUUUAGCCUAUGGGCUAUAGUUUGCUGAUUUAUACAGCAUUACCUGGUCGACUUACUGCUUGUUUCUGCUGAUGGCUGAGUUUCCUUUUGGAAGGAACUGGAAAAAAAGUUGAAAAUGAAAGUUUGAUAAAUACGGAAUGAGUUGGCAAGGCUGUGGUUCUUAACUCUUUGGUUCCUAGAUCCAUUUUGAGAAUAGAAUGUGUAUUAUGGGAACCUGCAUACCUAGGAAAGCACACUGGGUAGUAAUCAUGCCCUCCUUAGGGGCCAGGUUAAGAAGGCCUGGGUAAGGUUAUAUGCAUUAUAAACUGAGGGAUAUAAUGUCUCUCCAAGUAGAGAGUGCUUGUGCUGCACAAGUCAGAAGUUAAUGUCUGCUGGUCAGAGGACUCAUACCCUUGUGGUAGUGCUCAGGGAGCUACUAACAUUCUGCUUCCAGCCCCAGCUUUUUAUAUGCUCCCCCAGGCAGAGUAGCAGUUGCAACCGUCUUCACAUCUGCUUGCCAGGAAACCAUGUUUCAUUUUCCAAGUUGACAGAAUGUUGUUCAUUGAUUACGUUUCAGUUGUCUGCUUCCUAGUAACAUAGUGAGUGCAUGGCCAUAAUCUAACAGAGAACCUCUUUCUAAAUCCCAGUGGAUGCCCCGGAGGGGGAAGCCAGGUCAGAGGCACCUGGGAGGAGGUGCUUGCCUUGCUUGGGAAUUGGUCUUUGGUUCUGCUACUGGCUUUGCCCCAGAACCAACUGUGCAACUUUGCUCAAAUAGCUUAACAUCUCCAGAAUUCAGUGUACUAUUCUUUAAUCAAGAAAGGUGGAUUAAUGCAAUUAUGAUUUUUAUGCAUUUCUUUUGGGAAGAUUUCCAUGAUGUGAGACUCUUUCAACUUUAGCCUCAGAGAAUACUUCCCAGGACCUGCUGCUAGGUUUUGAGACUAUUUUAUGUUUCCCUACUGUAAUAACAAGACUCAUACCAUUCUGAUGAAAAGUUUGUUUUCAUAUGUGUUGAGGAUUGAAUCAUGCCCCCCACAAAAGGCAUGUUCAGGUCCCAACCCCUGCUCCUUUCCAUUUGAAAAUAGGACCUUUGAAGAUGUUAUUAGUUAAAGUAUGCCCAAACAGAAUGAGGGUGGGCCUUAUCCAAUAUGGCUGAAAUCCUUAUAAACAAAGGAAGUUGGACAUGGAAGAGGAAGCCAUGGGAACAGGUAGAUGCUGGAAGUCAUUGAAAUCUGGAAGAGAAAGGAGAUGCCAGCUAUGUGACAGAAAAAGAAACAAAGACUGCUGGCCAGCUGGAAGAGACUGACCCUGGAGGAAGCAAGCCUCCUAGCCCUCUGAAACCGCUGCCUGCUGUUUCCUGGGGAGAUCAUGAAACGAGGUCGCCUUCCUAGCAGCAGUGAGGAUUCUGACGACAAUGGCAGUCUGUCAACUACUUGGUCCCAGAAUUCCAGAUCACAGCACAGGAGGAGUUCGUGCUCCAGACAUGAAGAUCGAAAGCCUUCAGAGGUGUUUAGGACAGACCUGAUCACUGCUAUGAAGUUGCAUGACUCUUACCAGCUGAACCCAGAUGAGUACUAUGUCUUGGCAGACCCUUGGAGGCAGGAGUGGGAGAAAGGUGUCCAGGUGCCUGUGAGCCCCGGGACCAUCCCUCAGCCUGUGGCCAGGGUCGUGUCUGAAGAGAAAUCCCUCAUGUUCAUCAGGCCCAAGAAAUACAUUGUUUCAUCGGGCUCUGAGCCUCCAGAAUUGGGCUACGUGGAUAUCCGGACCCUGGCUGACAGCGUGUGUCGUUAUGACCUCAAUGACAUGGAUGCUGCGUGGCUAGAGCUGACCAAUGAAGAAUUUAAGGAGAUGGGAAUGCCAGAACUCGAUGAAUAUACCAUGGAAAGGGUCCUAGAGGAGUUUGAACAGCGAUGCUAUGACAAUAUGAAUCAUGCUAUAGAGACCGAAGAGGGACUGGGGAUUGAAUAUGACGAAGAUGUGGUCUGUGACGUGUGCCAGUCGCCGGACGGUGAGGACGGCAAUGAGAUGGUGUUUUGUGACAAAUGCAACAUCUGCGUGCACCAGGCCUGUUACGGAAUCCUCAAGGUUCCCGAGGGCAGUUGGCUGUGCCGGACUUGCGCCCUGGGGGUUCAGCCAAAGUGUCUACUGUGUCCCAAGAAAGGUGGAGCCAUGAAGCCCACCCGCAGUGGGACCAAGUGGGUCCAUGUCAGCUGCGCUCUGUGGAUCCCCGAGGUGAGCAUUGGCAGCCCAGAGAAGAUGGAGCCCAUCACAAAGGUGUCUCACAUCCCCAGCAGUCGGUGGGCUUUAGUGUGCAGCCUCUGCAAUGAGAAGUUUGGGGCCUCCAUACAGUGCUCUGUGAAGAACUGCCGCACUGCCUUCCAUGUGACCUGUGCUUUUGAUCGGGGCCUGGAGAUGAAGACCAUCUUGGCGGAGAACGAUGAAGUCAAGUUCAAGUCCUACUGCCCGAAGCACAGCUCACAUAGGAAACCCGAGGAGAGCCUCAGUGAGGGGGCUACUCAGGAGAAUGGGGCUCCUGAGUGCUCCCCCCGGAAUCCGCUGGAGCCCUUUGCUAGCCUGGAGCAGAAUCGGGAGGAGGCCCACCGGGUGAGUGUCCGGAAGCAGAAGCUGCAACAGCUGGAGGACGAGUUUUACACGUUCGUCAACCUGCUGGAUGUGGCCAGGGCCCUGCGGCUGCCCGAGGAAGUGGUGGACUUCCUGUACCAGUACUGGAAGUUGAAGAGGAAGGUCAACUUCAACAAGCCCCUGAUCACUCCAAAGAAAGACGAAGAGGACAAUCUAGCGAAGCGGGAGCAGGAUGUCUUGUUUAGGAGGCUGCAGCUGUUCACUCACCUGCGGCAGGACCUGGAGAGGGUUCGGAACCUCACUUACAUGGUGACCCGCAGGGAAAAGAUUAAACGAUCUGUGUGCAAAGUCCAGGAACAGAUAUUCAAUCUUUACACUAAGCUCUUGGAGCAAGAAAGAGUUUCAGGUGUGCCUUCUUCCUCCUGCUCCUCUUCCUCACUGGAAAACAUACUUUUGUUUAACAGUCCUUCUGUGGGCCCUGAUGCUCCCAAGAUCGAGGACUUGAAGUGGCAUUCCGCGUUCUUCAGGAAACAAAUGGGAACUUCCUUGGUUCAUUCACUGAAGAAGUCCCAUAAGCGAGAUCCAUUGCAGAAUAGCUCUGGGAGUGAAGGCAAAACUCUGCUAAAGCAGCCAGACCUGUGCGGUAGAAGGGAGGGGAUGGUGGUCCCGGAGAGCUUCUUGAGUUUUGAGAAGACCUUUGCAGAAGCACGUAUCAUAUCAGCACAACAGAAAAAUGGUGUGGUGAUGUCAGACCAUGGGAAAAGAAGAGACAAUCGUUUUCAUUGUGAUCUCAUUAAGGGAGACUUAAAGGACAAACCUUUUAAACAGAGUCACAAGCCUCUUAGGUCCACAGACGUGUCCCAGAGGCAUCUGGACAACUCAAGAGCUGCCACCUCCCCUGGAGUGGGGCUGUCAGCACCUGGCACAAGGAAGGAGAUAGUGCCCAAGUGCAACGGCUCCCUAAUCAAAGUAAACUAUAAUCAGACUGCAGUCAAAGUGCCUACAACACCUGCCAGCCCAGUGAAGAACUGGGGAGGAUUCCGGAUUCCAAAGAAGGGGGAGCGGCAGCAGCAGGGAGAGGCCCAUGAGGGGGCCUGCCACCAGCACUCAGACUACCCAUAUUUGGGCUUAGGCCGGGUUCCAGCCAAGGAAAGGGCAAAAAGCAAAUUAAAAUCCGACAAUGAGAAUGAUGGGUAUGCCCCUGAUGUAGAAAUGAGUGACUCAGAGAGUGAGGCAUCAGAAAAAAAAUGUAUACAUGCCAGCAGCACUAUCAGCAGGAGGACAGACAUUAUCAGGAGAAGCAUCUUGGCCUCUUGAUGGAACAGAGAUGGCAGAGGAAGCGCUGCCAGCUUGUGAUGGGGUGUGCUGGAGGAAAGCUCUGCCAUGGUGGAUAAGCGGAGACCCAUCGUUACACCGGAGCUACACAAACACAUUUUCUCGCAGUUCAGACCUAUUUUUUUUAUUCAGAGUCAUUUCUAAACCGUUGUGAGAAUUCUAUGUUAUUUGCAACUUGUUAAGGAAACACGAGUAGAUUGUAACCAUAAGACACUGCUAAGACUAGAACCUGAAUUCAACACUAAAACAGGAAUGAACGAGAUGAGUUUUAAAGAGGGCAAGGCUUAAAUAAGCCUCGUGAGUUCUUAUUGCCCCUUGCAUUUAUUCCAAAGCACAAACUUGGUUACCUGAAUACAUAUGGAAUCAGACAUGGUUCCUAAGAAACCCUAAUCUACCAUUUAAUAGCCCAUAAAACUUAUUUCUAGGACUGUGGUAGAUCUUGAAAUCAUUUAUAUUCGGCUUACAAGGCUGUUUUGUUGCAGUAUAGUAUAUAGGUAGCAGCUCUGAAGCUUCAGUAACUAGGGAGUUCAUGUGUAAAUUUAGCAGAUGGGGAAGAGAGAAUUUUUUAGAGAAAGGUCAUUGCUGGAAGAGCUGAAGGGGCAGGGUAGAGCUGCUGCAGCUGGAGAUUUAGGGUAAAUGUAGCACAAGGUCCUGCUGCCUGAAGCCCUUGAGUGGGUUGUGGAUAUAGACUGGUGGAGAGUGAAGCCAUUUAGGAGAGCUCUAUCUAAAAAGUCCAGUUUUACCAGUCCUCUUGACCUUUCUCUUCCCUGACCAAGGCCCUUAGGCCAGCUGGGGAUUUCCCUCACCAUUGGCAAUACCUGGCCAUCUGGCUUCCAACAAUAAAAUCGCUAUUCAAGUUCAAGCGAUGAACUUCUAGACUCUGGUGACUUGUAUUUUCCAGAGCCAACCACUAGUGCAUAUGUUGGGGAAUCUGAGUUCUCAACAUAAACAGAUUCCUUAAAAAAAGAAAAAAAAAAAGAAAAGAAAAGGAAAAAAAAAAAGGGAAAAAAGAAAAUUUUAAAAAAGUGAAAUAGGUUAUAUUUUAAAAACAAUAGAAAGGCAAUAAGUUGCGAUAAGAUCUUACCAUUGGUCAAGGUUACACAGGAAAGAGAUUGAAGUGUCUCCUUGAACAGGUUUUCUGGAGUCAAGAGUUCUAAGCUCUUAAUUCGCAACUUGUACUUUCUAAUUGCAAAUGGCAAUAAUUAGUAAGUUAUCAGCAAUAAUAAAUUUAGCAUUAAAUUUGAGUACAAUGUUUUGUUUUUGCACUCAGUGUAGUGCGUAUGUAUUGAUAGUGGAUAGAGUUAAGGUCAUGUUAAUUUUUGUUUGGAAUUCAAUGUAGUUGUGAAUCAAACUUAAGAGAAGGAGAGUUUAAAUAGCAAUGAAAUUUAAAUGGGCACUUGGAACACGCCCAGCUUCCCCUAAACUGCCCCUUAGUUUGUUAAUAUCAGUAUUCAGAUUCCUGAUUCAUUUAUACAUCUGUUUCCAUGUGGCAGGGACAUUCUGAUACUUAAUGAAAAACACUUUGCAGUUCUGUAGUUAACUUUCAAGUCUUCCAGAUGCUUGUCAACAACAAAAAGGCUUAUUGAAUUCCAUCUUGCUAUGCAAGUUUUAUCAGAUGAUCAAAUAGUAGAUCUGAUGCAUCCCCAUUGUAUGUAUGACAUUUUCAAAACCAAGUCUUAACUUUUCAAGUACAGUUUAGUAGCUAAUUCAGGGGAGGGGAAAGAAUGACCCAGGUUUUUAAAAAGAUUGACUAUUUUUAAGCUAUAGGGCUCAUUUUCAAAGACUGCUGUCCUGAUAAGCUUGUUGCUACAGAUAUUAGAAGGUUCUUAUGAAUCCAAAUUGUAUAUUCACUCGUAGAAUAAUUUAAAAAUCAGAUUUUUUGCAUAUGAGCCAAAACCUUUUUCUGGAUACAGGAGAAGGUGGACUCUAUGUACAGUUAUCCUUUAACUAUAGCAACAGCUCUGGGUGAGAAUAGAAUUUAUAGAGGGAUGAUCUGUCAAGCCAUAGAAAGAAAAACAAAAUUAAUUCUAGCGAACGUAUGACCUCUCACCAUUUUAAGAGGUACCAGAUUUAUUUGCACUAUUAGGAAUGCUAGUUUUGUGCAAAAAUAAUGCCUUACCUGUUUUUCCCCACAUUUAGGUUGAAAAGCUUUCAAAUGUUCCAAGUUAUGCUGAACCAAAAAAACAAAACAAAAGAAAAGCAAAACAAAAACCCACAUGCAAAACACACACAAAAUAAAAAGCCCCACAGUUUUUAUUCCUGUUUCAAAAUGCAAUUGGUAUAGAGCAUGGUUUCUCUGACAGUAAAAUGAUAGCUUUGUAAGUUAAUUUUAUGUCAUGCUGGGAACUCUGUAUGAGGUGGCCACAAGCAGCAACCAAUCCUACCUACCCACUUGCAUUCUAUUAGUAUGGAACCAUUUACUUUUUUUUUUUUUUUAAAGCUUUAUCUUUCCUUGUGCAUCCUGACCAAGAAAUAUCUUUGAUUAUGAUCAAUGUAUUAUGUCAAAGUGUAGACUAGUUAAACUUUUGUAAAGUUGCCUGGAAUGUCAUUUGUUAGGUUAUAAACACAAAAUCUAAAUGAAGGGUUAUAUGUGUUGUGUACAAAUCUUAAUUAUUUUGAAAUGGACAAACUUGUCAUUACAUUUGUAACCUUGUACAGAGAAUUUUUCACUAUGUGCCUAGCUUGGUGUCCAUUCAGCUAAAAUUGAAAAAAAAAGGUGCAUGAAGAGUUAAAAAUCAGAAAUUAAACAAAGUAUAUGUAGAGAUGACUAUUUUAUAUUACAUGGCCCAAUCCUGUAUUUAUUUCUAUCCCCUUUUUGAAAGUAUUUAUAAAACUAGUUGAGGACAGCUGUAUUUUUUUGUUCAACUAUUUAGUAGAAUUUGUGCCUUUUUGUCUGUAUGUGAAUAAAUGCUGUACAUUUUGCAAUACA